GCGACACCUGAACGCAGCAAAAUCAAACUGUAGGUAUUCAGAAUUAAUAAAUCGAUGUUGGAAAAACACAGCAAGCCAUUUAAAUAUUUCCGUUUGUAAUGAGUAUGAGUCAAAUUGAAAAGUAACCAGGAUAUACAAGUUUCUCUCCUCGGUCCAACACAUUAUCAUUAUUGACAGAAAAGUAGCUACAAAGUCUGUCAGUGUGCGCGAUCGACCGCGUCAUUUCCGGUCUGAGGAACGACACGGGGGUCUGUUUGACUGUGGUUCUCUGCCGUGGGCCGACACACCUGUGCGUUUCUUUGUUUCUCUCGCGAAUCACCCGAAGCAAAGCGGACAGAUUGAUGGCAAGCGCAGCGCAGAAGACUUCCGAGGUUGGCUCAUAAAGAAAAGGAAUACCUGGAGUGGACUCUUUACAAACCGGUGAAGCUGGGAUCAGCACUUCAAACGGAAUGCGUUGUUCCAGAGGAGAGUUUGGAAUGGCAGGCGCGCAACCGAGCCACAGGAACCAACCGAAACCGCACAACAGAUUGCUGUCGGAUUUAUGCUGCAGAACCAUCUCGAGGACUAUCCAGACCGAACAGAUGGACUCGAUCCGUGACCAGUACAGCGUGCAUAUAUACGUCACGACGGAUCAAACAGCUACCGUUUGAUGCAACUCGGAUGCUUGGAAUCUGUGGCCAACUCGUCUGUCGCUUACUCGUCGUCGUCUCCGCUCACGUACCCAGCUACCGGAACCGAUUUUGCCUCAACCUAUUUUCCCACGAACCACCAGUACACGCCCCUGCACCACCAGUCUUUCCACUACGAGUUCCAGCACAGCCACCCGGCCGUGAACCCGGACGCGUACUCGUUAAACUCUCUCCAUCACUCGCAGCAGUAUUACCAACAGCUCCAUCACGGCGAACCGGCGGACUUCAUCAACCUUCAUAACGCGCGGGCGCUCAAGUCCUCCUGUCUGGACGAGCAGCGACGGGAACUGGGCUGCCUGGACGCGUACCGCAGGCAUGACCUGUCAAUCAUGAGCCACGGCUCUCAGUACGGCAUGCACCCUGAGCAAAGACUGCUGCCCGGGGCGGGUCUGGGGCUGCCGCCACCGGGGGCCGAUGACCUACAGGGAUCUGUAGACGCGCAGUGCGGGCUUGUGUUAAAUGGCCAAGGCGGAGUGAUACGGCGAGGUGGCACGUGUGUAGUCAAUCCUACAGACUUGUUCUGCUCUGUACCAGGAAGACUUUCUCUACUCAGUUCUACCUCAAAGUACAAAGUGACCAUCGCUGAAGUCAAACGGCGCCUCUCUCCUCCCGAGUGUCUCAAUGCCUCACUGUUGGGCGGGAUUUUAAGAAGAGCCAAGUCGAAGAACGGUGGCCGAUGCCUCAGGGAGAAACUGGACAGACUGGGGCUCAAUCUCCCAGCAGGCCGCAGGAAAGCAGCGAACGUCACACUGUUGACCUCUUUAGUGGAAGGGGAAGCGCUGCACUUGGCUCGAGACUUUGGUUACACCUGCGAGACUGAGUUCCCAACGAAAGCUGUGGGAGAACAUCUUGCCCGGCAGCACACGGAGCCAAAGGAGCAGAACGCACGCAAGAAGAUGGUGCUGGCCACCAAACAGAUCUGUAAGGAAUUUCAGGAUUUAUUAAGUCAAGAUCGAUCUCCACUCGGUUCCUCUAGACCAACACCAAUUCUGGACCUGGACAUUCAGAGACAUCUAACACACUUCAGUUUGAUCACGCAUGGGUUCGGUACGCCAGCGAUUUGCGCCGCUCUCAGCACCUUUCAAACCAUUCUCAGUGAAAUGCUCAAUUACCUGGAGAAACACUCGGCCAAUAAGAGCACAGGAACACCUGACGCCAACCAGAUCAACUCGAAUUCUGAUAAAACGCUUCGCAAAACCUCAGAAGCACCGACUAAAGACGGUAAAAUAGAGAAAACUGAAUGACUCUGGAGUUCUCACUUCCUGGUCGGAGCUCUGAUGGGCGGGACUUGUUCAGGGUGCGGCUUUGAUGGGCGGAGUCAAAGGGUUUUCAUUUCAUAUUUCUUUAUUUAUACAACUGACCUCAACUUUCCUGUAAGAAUACUUUAAUUUUGUGUAGAAAUGCAUCUCAUUAUUCUCACUACCUGAUAUUUACCCGAACUCAUCCUUUUUUUAUAAGUUAUUAAAAUGGUUAUUUUGCUUAUGGUUUGUCUGUAUGUAAUUAGUUGAAAGAAUAAUUUUAAAGAUGUUAUAUCUUUUAUUAAAAGGUUCACAUUCCAUUUCAGCUAAGACCUCAUUUGAGGUCUGUUUGGAACUGUAAAUUAUUACAGGCAACUUUCCACGUUGCCGUUACUUACUGUAUAUUGUGCAUGUUAAACUUUGUACACCAUCUGAAACGGACAUUUCAGCGGCCACUGUUGUUCCGGAACACGAAUUCUUGACUGCAUUUGUAAAGAAGUUAUAUAUAAAUAUAUAAAUUCAAUCUUUUCUUGUAGGCUUUGAACUACAUAUAUGAAAUAACCCUACAUGCAAACUACUGGUGUUCAAUAAAGCAUAUUGCUCAAAGUCUUAUAUUAA